UUUGCGCGUAAAUGAAAUCAGGUGUGAGUAGAGUAGUGGUGGAGAGGACGCAUGUGUGCGUUUAUGAUUAAUCUAACAUUAGUCUAGGUAGCCUCCUAUCUACUGGGAUUUUAAAUCACAGAGAAUAAAUUAUACAUAGCUUAGUUAGAGAGAGCAAGAUCGAAAAUGAAUGAGACGGAAUAUCAUCAAGUGCCACUUUCUCAAUAUAGUUUCGAGCAGCAAUUUGACGAGCGAGGCGCUAUCGAAUGGAUGCAAGAAAACUGGAGCAAGGCCUUUGUGUUCUGUGGCCUAUAUGCAGCGCUGGUCUUUGGAGGCCAACAUUUCAUGAAGGAGAGGCCUAAACUCAGUCUGCGCAGACCACUGGUGCUGUGGUCACUCAGCCUGGCCAUCUUCAGUAUCAUUGGAGCAAUUCGAACAGGAUGGUACAUGCUGUAUAUCCUCUCAACCAGCGGUUUCAGACAGUCUAUAUGUGACCAGAGCUUCUACAACGGACCAGUGAGCAAGUUCUGGGCCUAUGCUUUUGUCCUGAGCAAAGCCCCUGAACUGGGUGACACGGCAUUCAUUGUGCUCCGUAAGCAGCGGCUGAUCUUCCUGCACUGGUACCACCACAUUACCGUGCUGCUCUACUCCUGGUACUCCUACAAGGAUCAGGUGGCUGGAGGCGGCUGGUUCAUGACCAUGAACUACUCUGUUCACGCACUCAUGUAUAGCUACUACGCAGUGCGGGCAGCCGGCUACCGGGUGCCACGCCCCUUUGCCGUGGUCAUCACCACCUUCCAGAUCGCUCAGAUGGCCAUGGGGCUGACGGUCAGUUGGCUGGUCUACCACUGGAUGCAGGAGGGGGACUGCCACUCCUACCUGAACAACAUUGUGUGGAGCUCCCUCAUGUACCUCAGCUACCUGCUCCUCUUCUCCUCCUUCUUCUACCAGACCUACAUGAAAGGCAAAGGUGGCAAGAGCUCCAAGAUGGACUAAAUUGUGGGGGGAGGGAUUGCUACGUUGCCUGACGGGGACCAUUUUUAAGCUUUUCGCGACAAUAGCAGCGAUAAGUCUGUCCAUUCCCUAUAAACCUUAUGCCAUUAGUUUACCAGCAGUGAACUAUUUUUCUGAACCUGUCAAGUGACCUCCACUGUCUGAAGUGUUUACAGAAAUGUUUUCGUGAAGAUGUUGCUCUUUCUAUCAUAGUUCCGAUCUGUGCUUUUCAAAAGGCACAUGUAAUGGCACCCCCUGCGACUUUCUGUUCAGACUGGUGCGACUGGUUUUCAUACACACUUUCAUGGUGCUCUUCUGAGCUUGUCAAUGGACCAAAACAGGGCUGGCAGCUGGUACGCCCAUACCCAACCCCAAUAUUUGGCAUUUCUCAUUACCUUGGAUUAGUCAACACCAGCAUAUUUCACUGUGACUGUCUCUUAGGUGUGGGUGUGGGCCUUCGGUUUCUCUGAACUGGUUUCCAAAACUCAUCCUGUGAGAUAUUUGGUCACUUUAAAUGGUGGUGUAGUUGUGUUCCAACUCAAAGGAAUCUUCCUGAAAGCAGCUACUUGUCGGGUGUUCGUAUAAAUGUAUUUAUUUAUUUAUUUGAUCAUAUGAUGGCAGCUGGAAUAGUGCCGGAAAAGUCAAACUUUCUCAUGGUCUCUCACUGCACAAUUAUUCGUUUUUUGCACCAGAGAUGAGUAGUUUAUUUUCGUGCUCUUAGGAUGCAAGCAAUGCCAUGUUGCUUUUUUCUGAUGCAUCACAGGAGUGGUUUUUGGUUUCACUGUCACUUUCUGGUGAGAAUGCUGUGUAUCCUGAAUGGAAUUCCUAACUAAAAGAAAAGCCUGUUCUGCUGUGAAAAUGUCAGGUAUUUUUGGCCCACCUCAAUCUAAAAUAGUUUUUUUAGAAAGGGAAUGUUUUGAGCUUUGUUUUAAGUAGCUGGAAACCGACUUGGUAUCUUGACAUGCCUAACUUUAUUUGUUGUCUUGCUGAUAAUUCAGUUCUGUUUAUUUAAUGAAGAAUAUUUAUUGAUAUUUACAGGUUAAAGGGAGUAUGACUAUUUUGUUCCGGGGGGGGGGACAGAGGAAGAUACUUUUAUUAUGCUCAGUGGUAAACACCAUUUUCACUCUACCUAAACUUGCCAGUGGAAUUUGAAUGCGAUGUUUACAUUUUGUUAAAAUUUGCAGCAGAAAAAGCUAAAUGUAUUUUAAGAUGUGCCAAAUGAUGCUGAACAACCCUAUGUCAAGAUUAUCUGUAUGUAUUGCCAUAUUGAGCAGAUGGCCAUCAGCCGACGUGAUCCUGAGCCGACGUGUUUGACAUGACAUGUACUACGUGUUAUAAAUGAAAACGGACAUACUAAGGCCUUAUAUUUGAAAUGUACUAUAAUAAAGCAGUCUCUUUUGAAACCUG